AUGCAGGACAGCCAGAAAUACCCCGCCCCCAACUCGCCAACGGUGCGCAUGAUGGUGCUGGAAACGGACGAGCCUCACCCCGACACCCACGUCACCAGGGGCAGCUUCGGCGAGAUCCUGCACUCCCACUUCCAACACGCCGGCGCCGAGCAUGAUCCGCCGCUGGGAAUCGACACCGACCAGGUCUUCGUCGUCGAGGACAAGGGCGGCAACGUCCCCAAGGUUGAGGACUUUGACGGCUACCAGGGCGUCCUGAUCACCGGGAGCAUGUACGACGCGCACGGCGACAACCCCUGGAUCCUCAAGCUUCUCGGCGUUCUCAAAGAACUAUGGGAGCGUCGUCCCGAUCUCCAUCUCAGCGGCGUGUGCUUCGGUCACCAGCUGCUCAACCGCAUGCUCGGCGCCGACGUCGCGCCCGCCCCCUCGCGGGACUGGGAACUCGGCCACUGCCAGAUCGACCUCUCACCCGUCGGCAAGCGGCUCUUCCGCACCGACGACGACCACAUCUUCCUGCACCAGAUGCACGCGGACCAAGUCGUCGCGCCGCCGACGCACGAGAGCUCCAAGGGCCUGCUCAAGCCCGGCAUGAAGGUGGACGUCUGGGGCCACAGCGAGCACACCUGGGUGCAGGGCACCUACAUCAAGGGGAGGCUCUUCACGACGCAGGCGCACCUGGCCUUCGACGAGGACAUGGUCAAGAGGCAGAUCCAGAUGAGGGUCGAAAGCGGGGGCAUCAAGGACCUGGAGCACGCCGACCAGGCGUCCGAAACGGCGAACCUGGACCACGACGGAGACCUGGUGGCCGCGGCCAUCUUGAGGUUCUUCCACGGCGACGACGACGAAAUUGAAUAG